CAGUCGAACUCUACAGGUGUUCAGUUAGUUAGCUGCUUGGUCUGCCGCGUGUUACACAAUUUUGCGACCAGCUUGUCCUGGUGCUCGAAAUUUGAUUUGCAGUUGUUCGAUUUAUUUGUAUUUGUAUUUAAUAUUUACAUUUCUCUUGUGCGCGAAUUCAAUGUUUUUAUUUGUAUUGCUUUAGUUUUUUUUUGUUUUUACAUUUGUGAUUAUUUUUUUUUUUAAUACGAAGGCGGUCAAUGCUCGAACGUGAUAGUUUUGAUAAAAUCGCUUCUACGUUCAGCUGUUAAAUUUGAGAAUCUAAUUGAGUCUAGUUGAAAUAUUAAUAUUUUUACAAAAUGAGACUGCCGUUCAAUAAGAAGUACCUUAUAUGGCUAAUAAUUAUCCUACUGAUAGUCACUGCUUUGACUCUGGGACUUGUCUUUGGCUUGAGAUCGCAGGAUAAACGCUAUAUAACCGGAGCUGUCGUUUCCAAUGGAAUUGGCUGUGCCGAAGUCGGUGGCACCAUGCUUGAAGAUGGUGGCUCUGCGGUGGAUGCGGCAAUUGCGACACUACUCUGCGAGGGCAUCAUGCUACCUCAUUCGAUGGGCAUUGGCGGCGGAUUUGUUGCAACGAUCUAUACGCGACGCACCCGCAAAGUGGAGACGAUAAUUGCACGCGAAUCGGCGCCAGCGGCAGCACACAAGGACAUGUUUAUCGGUAGCAAGGAGGUGACCGGGGUAAUGGCAGGUGCGGUGCCCGGUGAGAUACUUGGCUAUUGGGAGAUGCAUCAGAAAUAUGGUCGACUCCCUUGGAAGAAUCUAUUCCAACCAUCGAUUCGGAUGGCACGCGAUGGUCAUGUCGUGUCCCGUUAUCUGGCUGCGGCCAUCAAGUCGAAGCUAACGCAAAUCAAAAACGAUCCCGGACUAUCCGAUAUGUUUCUCAAUGCGCAGGGCGAUCCGUAUGUGGAGCAUGACUAUAUGAAGCGGCCUACUCUGGCCAAUACGCUGGAGCGUAUCGCCAACAAUGGCGCCGGCGAGUUUUACUAUGGUGGCGAGACUGGUGUGAAGUUUGUCGAGGACAUCAACAAGCUGGGCGGCAUCAUAACUGUGGAUGAUCUGAAGAAUUACAAGGUGCGGUGGGAGAGCGAUGGCCACAUUUCGGCUAAUGUCACCGGCGGCUUCACUUUGUAUACGACCCCUUUACCAUCGAGCGGUCCAAUACUGGCCUUUAUACUGAAUGUGAUGAAUGAAUUGUAUUCGGAUAAUGAGGGCAUCUACUGGCAUCGUGCCAUCGAGAGCUUCAAGCAUGCGUAUGGACAGCGAUCCAAUUUGGGUGACUAUGAGAACGAUCCCGAAUAUGGGCCGGAUAUAAAGGAUAAAUUGGAGAAGUUGCUCAGCGUAGAGCUGGUGAAUAGCGUGCGUAGCUUGAUUGAUGAUGAUAAAACCUCACAGGAUCAUAUCUUCUAUGGUGCCAAUUUCACGGUAGAACCCGAUCACGGCACCGCUCACAUGAAUGUGUUGGCAAGCAAUGGCGAUGCUAUAUCCAUAACCAGCACCAUCAAUAACUAUUUUGGCUGCAAGGUGGCUUCGCCCCAAACAGGUAUCAUUUUGAAUGACGAGAUGGAUGAUUUCUCCACGCCGGGAGUUAUUAACGGCUUUGGGGUACCGUCGUCGCCAGCCAACUACAUUUAUCCACACAAGAGGCCCAUGUCCUCCAUGAAUCCCGCAAUUAUUGUCGAUGGCAAUGGCGAUGUGCGCAUGCUAGUCGGUGCUGCUGGCGGCACCAAGAUCACAACCAGCGUGGCAGCGGUUAUUAUGAAGUAUCUCAUACGAAAUGAAGGCCUCUUGGAAGCGAUAAAUGAUGGACGCCUGCACCAUCAGCUGAUACCCAUGAUCGUCGAUUACGAGUUGGAAGUUAAGACUGAGAUUAUCGAUUAUCUGCGUAAAGUUGGCCAUAAAAUGAGUGAUAAUCCCGGCGACGGGGGAUUUGCAGCUGUUACCGCCAUUGGAGCGCUGCACGAGCCUACGCCAUUCUUUGAUCGUCGUCGAGUUGGCAGCGUUUUGACCAUAGAGAAUAAGAACAAGAUGCAGCAUUGAAUUUAAGGGUGAUUUUGCUGCCGUAUCGGCAUCAAAUGGGUUUAUGCAUUCCGCUAGAUUGCCACUUUUAUUUAUUGUACUUUAAAUAUAUGCAUUGAUAUAUGCAUAUAUAUUUAUACAUACAUUUUCGUAAUAGUUGUAAAUACAUAUAAUUAUUGCGAUUUACCUGUACAAAUGAAAUUGCAAAUGUAUAUUUAUUUGUAAAUUGUAAAAUUUUUUAACUUAUAAAACGAUGUAAAUAAAAAAUUCAACUGCUCAAAGUUUGCAAGAUUUUGCCGAACGCAAAUUUACAAUUUGCAGUUGCGUUCCUUUUUUAAA